AUGGGCCUUUCGUCCAAAUCAGCCAGUACCCAUCUUCCUGGAUUUACAUGUAAAAGAAUUGUACCUCCAACAUUAGUCAUAAUCCUGAAAGAUAAGGUGGAUGAAAUCCUGUGGAUUUCAGUGAUAGACAGUGACCAUCCAGGCCUCUUUGUCAUUCGCAUUAACCUACAGAGGCUGUACCUAUACUGGAGGGCCAACACCCUUCUCAGGGCACCCUGCAGUCCUGUUCCGUCAGUCACACUGGCCCUGAACACAGAAUUUCUCUUUGUCCCCUUUUUGCGAAUGUCACCUGCUGGGACAAAUGGUUAUAUGGCUCCGGAAAUCCUGAAGGAAGAAGAUUACAGCUAUCCUGUGGACUGGUUUGCUAUGGGGUGUAGCAUUUAUGAGAUGGUUGCUGGGCGAACACCAUUCAAGGAUUUCAAAGAAAAGGUCGGUAAGGAUGAGGUUAAAAGAAGAACUCUGGAAGAUGAGGUGAAAUUUGAACAUGCCAACUUUACAGAGGAAGCGAAAGAUAUUUGCCGACUGUUCUUGGCUAAGAAAACAGAGAAUCGUUUAGGAAGCAGAAAUGAAGAUGAUGACCCAAGAAAACAUAGUUUCUUCAAAACAAUAAAUUUCCACAGGCUAGAGGCAAACCUUAUUGACCCUCCAUUUGUGCCAGAUCCAUCUGUUGUCUAUGCCAAAGAUGUUGCAGACAUUGCUGACUUCUCUGAAAUACGAGGAAUUGAGUUUGAUGACAAAGAUAAGAAGUUCUUCAAAAAGUUUGCGACAGGUGCUGUCCCUAUAGCCUGGCAGGAAGAAAUUAUUGAAACAGGACUGUUUGAAGAACUGAAUGAUCCUAACAGAGUAGAUUCCGGGGGAUACGCAAAUGGAGGUGAAGCUAAGUCAGGAGUUUGUUUGUUGUUAUAA